CCUUCCCUUCUCUCAAUAUCAUUCCCACGUCCAACAACAGUAGGAGCUACCCUUAUAACCCCUUCUGGCACUCUACCCACCUCUUGUCUUCCGAUGGAAACGAUUGCCAGGGUUUUACUCAUCAUGGCAUUGGCCAUGGCCUUGGCCACAUCCCUUGCCUCACCAAUUAUCCCCAGUGAAGAGGAGGAACACAAUGCAUCAUCUUUCAGUGAUCCCCUCACUCCUGAAGAGGCCUCUUCUUCGAUGAGGGGGGUGAGCCGUUUGCUAGCCCAGACCAAUGUAGAAGCCUCCAAGACAUGUGAUAGAUACCCGAGGGUGUGCCGUGCCAAAGGAAGCUCCGGCCCGGACUGCUGCUGGAAGAGAUGCGUCAAUGUGAUGGCUGACAACCAGAACUGCGGAUGGUGCGGGAUGAGGUGCGGAUACGGGCAGACAUGCUGCGGCGGCCGAUGCGUCAAUGUGUUGUAUGACCUCAGGAACUGCGGCGGAUGCAAGAACAAGUGCAAGCAAGGUGGCUUCUGCAACUAUGGGAUGUGCGACUAUGCGUAGUUGAUCGUUUGGCUUGGAGUUCCAUACAUGUCCAUGAUGCAUAAAUACUUAACAUUUUUCUUAUGUAUGUACGUCACCUCACCGUAUAACGCUCGUAUUAAUUUGUAAGUUACCCAUAUAUAUAUGUGAUUUCAUGCAUGUAAUCAUCGCAGUCAUGUU